UGGGGCCUGAGCCGGCCUGCCCAGGAUGCCCCGAGGCCCUCGCCCUCCCUUCUUGUCCUUUGUGCUCCUGCUAUGGCUGCUACUCUGGACUCCUCUCACGAAGGCUACCUUCCCCCAGGAUCCCCAUCCUUUACUGACCUCUGACCUCCAAGGCAUAUCACCAUUAUCUUGGUUCCGGGGCUUAGAGGAUGAUGCUGUGGCUAGAGAGCUGGGUCUGGACUUUCAGAGAUUCCUGAUCCUGAACAGGACUCUGCUGGUGGCUGCCCGGGAUCAUGUUUUCUCCUUCGAUCUUCAAGCUGAAGACUGGGAAGGGCUGAUACCAAACAAGUAUCUGACAUGGAGAAGUCAGGAUGUGGAGAACUGUGCUGUCCGAGGGAAGCUGAGGGACGAGUGCUACAACUACAUCCGUGUCCUUGUUCCCCGGGACUCCCGGACCCUUCUUGCCUGUGGGACAAAUUCAUUCAGCCCCAUGUGUCGCAGCUAUGAGAUCUCUUCCCUGCAACAGGAGGGUGAGGAACUGAGUGGGCAAGCUCGGUGCCCUUUUGAUGCCACACAGUCCAGCGUCGCCAUCUUUGCAGAGGGCAGCCUUUACUCGGCCACAGCCGCAGAUUUCCAGGCCAGCGAUGCUGUUGUUUAUCGAAGUUUUGGCCCCCAACCCCCUCUCCGCUCCGCCAAGUACGACUCCAAGUGGCUUCGAGAGCCACACUUUGUCCAUGCCGUGGAGCACAGAGACCAUGUUUACUUCUUUUUCCGAGAAGUCUCUGUGGAGGAUGCUCGACUGGGACGGGUGCAGUUCUCACGUGUAGCACGUGUGUGUAAACGUGAUGUAGGUGGCUCCCCCCGAGCCUUGGACCGUCACUGGACAUCUUUUCUGAAGCUCCGGCUCAACUGCUCCGUCCCUGGAGACUCUGCCUUCUACUUUGAUGUACUUCAGGCCCUGACUGGGCCUAUCCCUCUGCAUGGACGUCCUGCACUCUUUGGGGUCUUCACUACCCAGACCAACAGCAUUCCCGGUUCUGCUGUCUGUGCCUUCUACCUGGAUGACAUCGAACGUGGCUUUGAGGGCAAGUUCAAGGAGCAGAGGAGCCCAGAUGGGGCCUGGGCACCUGUGCCCGAGGACAGGGUCCCCUCACCCAGGCCAGGGUCCUGUGCAGGGGUGGGUAGAGCUGCUUCAUUUCCUUCUUCCCGGGACCUCCCUGAUGAAGUCCUGACUUUCAUCAAGGCUCACCCACUGCUGGACCCCGCUGUGCCACCUGCCACCCAUCGGCCCCUUCUCACCCGCACUGGCAGAGCCUUGCUGACACAGGUGGCUGUGGAUGGAGCAGCGGGUCGCAACGGCAACACCACUGUCCUCUUCUUGGGUACCGAGAUUGGGACGGUGCUGAAGGUUCUCCCCCCAGGAUCAGGGUACGGGAAUGCCGAGCCGGUCUUGUUGGAGGAGAUCGACACUUACAGCUCUUCCCGGUGUGGUGGGAAGCGAUCAGCAGAGUUAGCCCGACAGGUUCUUGGCCUGGUGGUGGAUCCUGAGGGGCACAGACUCUUUGUAGCCUUUUCAGGCUGUGUUGUCCACAUGCCUCUCAGUCGGUGUACCCGGCAUGGGGCUUGUCAAAAGAGCUGUCUUGACUCUCAGGACCCUUACUGUGGGUGGGGAAGCUUCCAAGGCUGCGUGGAUGUCAGGGGCUAUGCCUGGGCUGAUCUGGAGCAGGAUGGGGACAGGGAGGUCAUGGAGGAAGGAGACUGUCAUGAUGGGGCCACUGGGAGUCAUUCAGGGCCAGGGGAUUCUGCCUAUGAGCCUCUGGGUCCCAGCCCUCCCCCUGAGGCCCCCAGUCCCCCCAAUGAUGCCCAUCCCUGGGCCCCGCCCUCCACUCUUCGGGCUCACAUAGAGGGUAAGGCAGGGGUCCGCCGAGAUCCUUCCCACGCCUCGUCCCCUCACACGGUCCCUGUCCCACUCCUCCUGGCCAGUGUGGCCGCAGCCUUUGCCCUGGGGGCAUCGAUUUCUGGUUUCCUGGUCUCCUGUGCAUGCCGUCAUGCCUACCGACAUGGUCACCGAGGGAAUAAGGACAUCGAGACCCCUGGACUCCCCCGUCCCCUAUCUCUCCGAAGCUUGGCCCGGCUCCAUGGUGGGGGCCCUGACCCACCAGCCCCAGCCAAGGAAGGAGACUCACCUCCCGUGCCCCAGCUCUAUACGACUUUCCUGCCUCCCACUGAGGGCAUGCCUGCCCCAGAGCUGGCCUGCCUGCCCACCCCAGAAUCCACCCCGGAGCUUCCAGUUAAGCAACUCCAACCAGUCCAGGGGCCUUGGGAGUGGAACCACAAUGGGAACAAUGCCAAGGAGAGCUCUGCCCACUUCCGAAGUGGCUCGGCACCUGCCCCGAGGGUGUUGGUGAGGCCACCUCCUCCGGGCUGUCCUGGCCAGGCUGUAGAAGUGACCACUUUAGAAGAACUGCUUCGAUAUCUCCAUGCUCCCCAGCCUUCUCGGAAGGGGACAGAGGUUCUGUCCCCAGCUAAUCCUGGUCCUUCUCUCCCCUUUGCUACUCGGGCACAGCCCUGCGUCCCACCACUGGAGCCAGCCCACCCCCUCUUUUCUGGCUCCUCCCCACUCCCACGAGACUGUACCCCUCCACUCCGGCUGGACAUACCCCCAGACGGGAAGUGCCAGCCCCCAUCCCGACCCCCCCUGUCUGCCCCUGCUCCUCGACUGGGGGUUGGAGGUACCCGGGGAAUAUCUCCUUCCCCACACCGGGUGCCCCCAGGUCUGCUGACUCGAGUGCCCUCAGGGGGAGCCUCAAGAUAUUCUGGGGGGCAUGGAAGGUACCCUCUAUAUCUUGGCCGACCAGAGGGAUACAGAGGACGAGCCCUGAAGAGGGUUGAUGUGGAGAAGCCACAACUACCCCCAAAGGCUCCUGUCCUUGUGUCCUCCCCCUCUCAAGCUGCCCCUCCAGGUGGCCAUUUUAACUAUUGAUGGUAACUACCCUGCCUAGAAAGGGUGUGGCAAUGGGGACUCUGACGGGACAGAUUACUCCCUCUAAUCACAUUGCCUGCGUCCAUCCUUCCUGGACUCUGGACCUCUCCUCUCCUUCUGUACUUAUUGCCCAUCUUGGGCUUAUUUAUUGACUGUCAUCCUAGUCUUCCCCGAUCGCCCCUAGUCUCCAGGGAUUUGGGUAAUGGGGGAGGCUUUCCCUCUCCCUCCUGCCACUGUGAGCCAGUCCUACUUAGUGGGAGCUGGCUGGGGCUCCCACCCUUAUCUCCUCCAGCCAAGCUGCCUUAGCCCUUCCCCUCCCAGCUUCCUCCAUUGUCUGGGACCCCCAGACUGGGGAUGUCCAUGAUUGGGGGAUUGGGGUAGGGUAUGUAUGUAUAGUGUACAGUGCUCUCGGGGCUCCCCUGAGACAUCAUCACCUCCUACCGUGUAGGAGCCUUCCCUCACCCCAAUACAACUAUGUGCCCCCCAGAUC